AAUGUACACCAUACAAAAACUAGGUCAUAUAACGUUCGGCCUAAGUGUCAGAACACAUACAGGUCAUAUAAGUGUCAGAAAUGCCUGAUGACAUUCAAUUAUUCAAGCAAUUUUAGCAGGCACAAGAAAAGAUGCAAAGGAGCUGAGACGAAUGAGAAAUUCAAGUGCCCUCUCUGCCCACGCCUUUUCAAAUAUUCCUACAACCGGUCUCGCCAUUUGCGCGAGCAGUGCAUUAAAGACUUUACACAGGGAAGCUCGGGGAAAGUUGACAUGAAAUUUCGAUGCCCCUUCUGCACCACCACCUUUACUAAUGCUUCUAACCGACAUAGACACAUAAGACUGGUGUGCCUCAAGGAAUAUAUACACAAUGAGACUUCAAGGACCAAAGCUGAACGCCAGGAAAACGUGGCCCAGAAAGAAACACAAAAGCCGCCACUGAAAACAGCACUGAAUCAAAAUGAGCCAGGUCUCAAAUGCAACUACUGUCCGGCCGUUUUUGCUCAUUCUUCUGGAAAGUACAGACACAUGAGGAAACACAGGUUGUUUGAAAACACUGGGAAAAAGAUCAAGUUCAGGUAUUCAAGCAUAAUUCCCAUUUCUAACCAGUCCAAGGCUAGUAUUGAGGAGCCCAAAGACGGUCCACUCUCCAGUGAAGCCAGCAGCCAGCCCUUUUCCUGUCUCUUCUGUGGAAAAUGGUUUAACACUUCAUAUUCCCUGAAGAAACACAUCUGUAGUAUGCACAUGGGUGACAAACCAUAUCGCUGCCUGGAAUGUGGAAAACGUUUUGGGAAAGAAAUCCAUCUUGUUGCUCACAAAAAAGUGCACCAGCGAAGGAUACAGUGUACUGUUUGCAAGAAGAUACUUCCUACCAUUGGGGACUUGAUUCAACAUAGGCAAUCUCACAUCAAAAAGGGCAUGCUUCAGUGCCCAGACUGCCCAUCGCAGUUCCAGUACCCCGUGUAUCUUCUUCGACAUAUGGCAUCACAUCACAAACUUCAGCAAGAGCAGCCACUCAAAGAGAAAAAACAGAGGCACCCCUCAAAACUUGAGCCGCUUGGGUCCUUGCCACCAGUCAAAGAGCAGGAAGAGGAAGAAAAGUUGGGGUGCCCCCUAUGCCCAGAGGUCUUUCACAGUGGCACAGAACUGAGUAGUCACUGCCUAAACCAUGUAUCGGAGUCCUCUUCAAGUCAGUGUCCGUUUUGUAAACGCCUCUUCUCUUCCCGCACAUCUUUGGUGCGUCAUAUACGCAUUCAUACAGGGGAGAAACCAUUUUCUUGUCAGAGUUGUGGAGCACCUUUUCGUCGAAAAGAAUAUCUCCAAUUGCACCAAGAAAAGUGUCCAGGUCCACAAAGCAAGCAAGAACUGCCCACUAUCAAAGAAAGUGAAGAUGUCUCAUCAAAAUCUUUGGUGACAAGAAUAAGGAAAGUAUACAAAUGUUCAUACUGUCCUCGGGAAUUUGAAAAAUUGCCCCGUUUAUUACUGCACCACAAUGGCCACAUGCAAAAUACAGUAACCCCCUGUCCAAAAUGUGGUAAAUGUUACAGACAAAGGCGCAAGUUACAUGAAAGACUUUGCAAUGGCUCAAACAUAAAAUCUAUAGAGCCAAUCAGCACUGUCUGGCAUCCUUGUAGGAAUUGUGGGAGGAAGUUUUCAAGAGAUUAUAAUCGAGAUGUCCAUGAGAGGAUUUGCAACUCUGUAAAGCCCUUGCAAAAAACCACCAGCAAUUCUGGCAACUCAAACAUGCAUCCUUGCAGGAAUUGUGGAAAGUCCUUUACAAGGAGUGAUAAUCGGAAUUUCCAUGAGAAGACUUGCAACUCUGCCAAGCCCUUGCAAAAAAACACCAUAGAAAUUAGGACCAGUAGCAGGGACAAGUUGCAGCACAAAUGCCCCCACUGUCCAAGCAAGUUCAAGUACAGAAGUUUUCUCCUGAGACAUAUUGGGUCACACACUGGAGAAAAAUAUCCAUGCAUGCACUGUGGUCACAGCUAUGGAAUCCAGUCACGAUGCUUACAGCAUGAAGCUUUCUGUGAUGGUGUUAAUAGACAAAAGCCACCAAGCGCCAGCCUUGGUGAAUAUAAGUGCAAUAUCUGCACAAAAAUCUUCAUGAAAUCCCGAAACUUAAGGCGGCACAUCCUAACGCACACAGAGGUAAAGCCAUAUCGCUGUAAGGCCUGUGACAGCUGUUUCUCCAGACAUGAUCAUCUAAAACUGCACCAGAGUCGCUGCAAAGGGAAAAGACAACGUUUAGAGGUUCGCAUUGCCAAAAUUAGUCUUGCAGAUGUUGGAAGGGGCUGGCAAAAUAACCUGAACAUUACCGAUUCAGGAAAGCAACAAGGGUUUGACUGCAGCAUAUGUUCAAAGAUCUUCCCCUCUCACAGCAUUAUGUCCCGACAUAUUGCCAUGUCACAUGCUAUAAGAACCGUCAGUUCAUUUACUCAUGAAAAAUCACUUAAGAGACAUAUAAGCAUCAGUGCAUGUCAAAGAUUUUACGCAAAAACAAAGCUUUCAGAAAAGUUAAAUGUUACAAGCCCACCAUCUAGAGAGACAAACCGACUUCUACAGAGGAUCCAGCUGCAAUAUAAAGACAAACGCAAAUUCAAAUGUACUUUUUGCCCUCGCCUUUUCAAAAGUGGUGAGCAAUUGAGGGUGCACACCCGCCUGCAUACAGGGGAGAAACCUUUUGGAUGUUCUAAUUGUGGUGAAAGAUUUAUCCGUAGGGACUACCUGCAGCGCCAUUUGAACAGGUGCAAAGGGGAACCUCUUGACAGAGUGCUUUGUGACAGAUGUGGCGACGUAUUUUCGCAAGACGAACUCGAGAACCAUCAACUGACAUGUGUUGUCAAGUGUAAAUCACCUGCCCGUAGUCGAACUGAGUCCACUGCUCGCAGUCCACCAAAAGGGUUCUCCUGUGCUAAUUGCAGUGCCCGCUUCUUGCUGUUCUCACAGCUCCAGCAACACUUUCUCAACACGCAUAGAGACACUCCAACAAAUCAGGCUUCACAUCUACAGGAGCAGUUGUCUAGCAUGGUGAACAUAAAAGAGGAGCCUAUGGAUGAAGGAUAUGGUGACACUUGGCAGAAUAGUGAUAACAAUCUCAUGCUUGAUCAAGACAGUGAUCCAAAUGAUACGAACAAACCCAUUAAAUGUCCACAGUGCAACUUGCACUUUGGAAAUAAGGGUGGAUUUGCCAGACACAUGCGUUCACAUUUAGGACAGUACCCAUUCAACUGCAAGAAAUGCAAUAAAGGCUUUUGGAACAAAAACUUAUGUCGGACACAUGUAAGGAAAUGUAGACUUGUAAAGGUCACGAAGGAAGAAGUUAACACUGACUCUGUAAUUACUUCAGAGAUGGAUCCUACUCUUAAAGAGACUGUCCUAGUCUUCAACCAAGGUUCCAAAACAACAGGCACUGGGGUUUUGCAGACUAAUUUCUCCUGCAAAGAUGACUUGAAGGAUUUAACACUGCAGAAUUCCUCUGGAAAUCAAGGCAAAGGAAGAUCUUCCAAUGAUAGAAGACAUAGUGGUCAACAAGUCCCAGGCAACAAGUACCAGUGCUCAGAGUGUGAAAGAAGUUUCACAGAUGGGCUUCUGCUCAUCAGCCAUUUAGAGGACCAUGGGCGUGAGGAGCUAGAAAGAAAAAAGAAAUUCUGCCAGCCUUGUGGUAAGACGUUUGCUAAUCCUUCAGACCUAGCAAGGCAUAUGAGAGGCCACUGGAAUGAGAAGACCUUUUCUUGCCCAGAAUGUCCACAGACUUUUCCCUGUCCUUCUGACCUUGACAUCCAUAGAACUUGUCAUGACUCAAAUAGACCAUUUGUCUGCAAAGAGUGUCAACAAAGGUUUUGGACCAGUCAAUCUUUAGAAAACCAUCAAAGCCAAGCUCAUUCAAAAGAACUAAUUCAUACAUGCCAUGUCUGUAACAAGAACUAUUCAAUCAGAAGUUCACUUGUUAAACAUAUUAGGAUGAAGCAUCAAACCCAGAAGAACAUGGAUGUUGUUAUCCACGUGAAGGAAAAGGAGACAGCAGUGCAAGAGGAAUUUGACAUGGAAGUUGAUGUGGAUGGAGGAAGUAAUGCAAGUAAUGAUGAAGAUGAAAAUGAUGCUAAUGAGGACAAUGACUCUGACUCUGCUUCCCCUGCCAUGUCUGUGGGAAAACGUUCACCACAUCAGAAAGCCUUGAGGAUCACCAACGCUGUCACCUCGGUGAAAAACCUCAUGAGUGUGCAGAAUGUGGCAAAUGUUUUUUCCAGGCAGGACAACUGCAACAGCACCUUCGGAGCCACAAGUCUGAGUAUCAGUGUCAAAUAUGUGGCAGAGGUUUUGUCUCACUCUUUGCUUUACGCAAACACAAGCAUACUCAUGGAAAGAGCCGUCAACACCGUUGCUCCAAGUGCCCGCUCAGCUUCACAGGGCCCUCGCAGCUGGCAGAGCACAUGGGCACCCACCGCGAUGACAAUUUCCCUUGUGAUAUAUGUGAUUGCACAUUCUCCUGCAAGAUGAGUCGGGCAGAGCACCGGAAAAUCCACACUGAGACAGAGGAUGUUCCACCAGAGAGGACUGCAUCCCCCUCUCCUAUUGCCUCUUCCUCUACAAUGAAGCACCUUCAAUAUCGUUG